AUGGAAAACCUCAAGAAACAAAGGAAAACGUUAAGAGCUCUGUUCACAAGAGCUACUACGGAAUUGUUGAAGGAAGUUAAUCAGGAGAUAACGAAGAAGACGUUGAAUAUGUAUAUGGAUGCAAUCGAGAAGAAAUCCGAACAAUUAGCCGAAGUCGACAAAGACAUUUGUGAACUCAUGAUGGCCGACGAAGAUAUUUCAGAGGAAGAUAUUGACAAAGAAUUUGAAGGCCGAAUCGUGUACGAGAAUAAAUUGUUUGAAUGCCGACGAACCGUUGAAGAAAUCUUCUCGAAGAUAACCGAAAAUUCAGAGAUCGAUACACACAGUAGCAGUGGGCGGAGUCAAGUAGGAGUCAAGACUUCGAAAAAGUACAAGCUUCCAAAGAUCGAAUUGAAAAAGUUCAGCGGAGACAUCAAGGAAUGGUUGUCGUUCUGGGCACAAUUCGAAAAAAUUCAUAAUGACGAAGACAUCGCUGAAGAAGAUAAAUUUCACUAUCUACAACAGUCUACAGAAGAAAAGUCCAAAGCUCGUGAAGUAGUCGACAGUUUUCCAAUGACAGCAGCUAACUACCAGAAAAUGGUCUCGCAUUUAAAGAGUCGAUUUGGAAACAAGGAUAUGCUGGUCGAGGUGUACGUGCGCGAAUUGCUGAAAUUAGUGCUUUCGAAUGCUCUUAAUCCGACGAGAAUUACGGUCAUUUCGUCAUUGUAUGAUAAAUUGGAGACACAAUUAAGAGCGCUGGAGUCACUGGAUGUAACGAGAGACAAAUUCACUGCAAUUUUGUACCCACUAGUAGAAUCCUGUCUACCCGAAGAAUUGUUACGUACAUGGCAACGAAAUCGAAUUGUACCAAUUGCGCUACCAGUUACUAAUCAGACUAUUGGAGGUGGUGAGGUGGUUGAUAGACUCACGCAUUUAAUGUUGUUUCUCAAAGUGGAGGUGGAGAACGAAGAGAGAAUUUCGUUGGCUCGUUCAGGUUUCUCAGAACAAUCGAAACGAAACCAAAAAGAAGAGAAGGCUGCGAUCGCCACUGCUGCAGAUUUGUUCGUCGGUGCUACAAACAAUUCAUCAGAGGAAAAAUCCACGAACUUAAUGGUCAGAGAGGCGUACAAAAACGAAGUUGUGGUCCUUUCUACGUUUUUGAUUCAUAUCGUUAAUGGAAACAAAACUAUCACUAUACGUUGUGCCAUUGAUUCUGGAUCACAAAGGACAUAUCUACUGAAGCGUCACAUCAAUCAUCUUAAUUAUGAGAAAACUGGCGAAGAAACUCUUUACCACGAACUAUUUGGAGGAUCAAUUGUCAGUACAACUCAUAAUCGUUACACAAUCAAUGCAAAGAGUUUGGAUGGAAGUUACAAGUUAUCGUUUGAUGUGCUAGAUCAAGAACGAAUUUGUCAUAACGUUCCGAAGAUACCUUCGGGUCCUUGGAUACAAGAACUCGAGAAGAAGAAAAUCCUUUUGACUGAUCUUGGAAAUAAAUCAUCUGAGAUUGAUUUGUUAAUUGGUAGUAAUUUGGCUGGAAAAUUGAUGUCUGGUUUCCACAAGUUUGACGAAAACAGCGAAUUCGGCAAGAAUAUGGUUGCGAUCAAUUACAGUUUGGGUUGGACGAUAAUGGGUGAAAUUCCUAGUUGCAAUGUCACGAUGAAUUCAAGUCUGCUGGUCAAAGAUUUGUUUGUCAACGAAUUGGACGUAUCAGAUCUAUGGCGAUUGGAUGUAAUCGGAAUAACGGACGCCGCUGGUUCGAAGGAAAAGGAGCGUAACCUUAAAUCAAUAGAAGAACAAUUUAAAAAGUCGUUAACGGUGAAUGACGAAGGACGACAAGAAAUCAAAUUACCAUUCGUUAAAGGUUGCCCAACUCUCGGAGAAAACAAAAAUUUGGCUGAAAAACAAUUGUCAUCACUCACAAAGAAGUUAACCCCAGAUAUGCGUACGGUGUACCAAAAAGUUUUCGAUGAUUGGGAAGCAAGAGGAAUUAUCGAAAAGGUGCCAUCGGAACAACGAAAUCAUCCUGGUCAUUAUCUCCCACACAAAGCAGUUUACAAGCCCAGCAGCUUAACUACACCAGUGCGUCCAGUAUUCGAUGCUUCUGCAAAGGACGUCAAUUCGAUUUCGUUGAAUAAAUGUUUGGAAACUGGUCCGAAUUUAUUAGAGGUAAUUUCCACAAUAAUAUUAAGAUUUCGAAUGCGCAGAUUUGGUGUAUUGGCCGACAUUGAGAAAGCAUUCCUUCAAAUAAGUAUCGAUCCGACGGAUCGUGAUUAUCUACGUUUCCUAUGGUGGGAUACUGAUGGAAAUGUUAUAGUGUAUCGCCACAAAAGAUUGGUAUUUGGAUUGACUUGCAGUUCAUUUAUUUUGGCGAUGGUAAUUAACAACAUUUUGGAUCACGCUCCAGACGAACUCAAAUCAACUGCGAUACAACUAAAGGCGUCUAAUUAUGUAGACAACUGCAUAACGAGUUUGGAUGAUGAAAAUGCAGUUCAAAAGUUCAAAACCGAAUCAGUUCAAUUAAUAGAAAUUGGAAAAUUCAACUUACGCAAUUGGGUAUCGAAUUCGUCAUCAUCUAACGAUACAUUAAACAAAGUAAUUUCAACACUCGGGUUGACAUGGAACCUGGAUGAAGAUACAUUGUCGUGCGAUAUCAACAAAGGCAUCAAGGAAGGCGUUUCAAUUACCAAACGCAUGAUACUAUCCGCAACACACCAAAUAUUCGAUCCCAUUGGUAUGACACUGCCGCUGAUCAUUUGUCCGAAAAUCUACAUACAACAGUGUUGGGAACUGAAGGUUGGUUGGGAUGAAGAAUUACCGUUGGACAUUUCGAAGAAAUUUCGUAAAUGGAUUAGUCAAUUGGCUGAAAUCAAGCAAAUCAAAAUUCCGAGAUGGAUCGGAUGUACGUCAGGAAACCUGAAGAAUUGUACGUUUCACGUAUUCAGCGAUGCAAGCAAGGUAAUUUAUGCAGCAGCCGUGUUUAUGAGAAUUGAAACAGAUGAAGGUGUUCUUGUCAACUUGGUACAAGCUAAAGCUCGGGUGUCUCCACUGAACACAAAAAAGAAAUCUGAAUCGAAUGAUAAAGCGACCACAACAAUCGACCAAAAAUCCAAAACUGAAAGUGAGGAAGAAGAAUCGUUUUCAAUUCCACGGUUGGAACUACUUGGUUGUCUAAUUGGCGUUCGAUUGGUCAAUUCUGUGAAACACAAUUUGGGCAUGGAAGAUACAAGAUGUGUUCAUUGGACCGAUGCGACAGAUGCAUUGUACUGGAUAAAAAAUGAAGAUUGCUGGGGACCGUUUGUAGCGAAUCGAGUAAAAGAAAUUCGUGAAUCUACAGAAAAUAACGACUGGAAACAUGUACCCGGAAAACAAAAUCCUGCAGAUAUAUUGACUCGAGGAGUCAGCGCAAAACGGCUUGUAGAGUCACGUUGGUGGGAAGGACCACUCUGGUUGAACAAGCCUGAGAACGAAUGGCCAUCAACAGUUGCCGUACCGGAUCAAGCAAUAUUACAAAGAGAACGCAAGAAGAAGACAACUUGUAAUUUUUCAUUGGCGUUGACAACAGCUGAUUCGACAUGGUUGACGACAUGUAAAUUCAAGAACGAUUACCAGAAAAUUCUUAAAGUUACGGCGUGUAUUCUUCGAUUUCGUCGGAAUAUAUUGGCACCCAAAGAAGAUCGAAUCAAUGGACCGUACACCGCAAACGAAUUGAACAUCGCUGAGAAACGAAUCAUUGCUAUGAUACAGAAAGAAACGUUCACGGCAAACGAAAGUGAAUUGAAGGACAUGGAGGUGUAUGCUGAUGAAGAUAAUGUUCUGAGAAUCAAGACGAAGUUAACGUUACGCGAGGAUGAUAAUUUCUUCAUUGCCCCUGCUGUAAUCCCAGGCAAACAUCCGAUCGUACGAGCAUUAAUCGAAUAUUACCACCGAAAAUAUUCUCAUGCUGGAACACAAACAACUAUGUCAAUUUUGCGAGAAAGAUUCUGGGUCAUCAGAUGUCGAGUGGCAGUCAGAAAAGUCAUAAACGAUUGUACGAUAUGCAAACGGUACAGAGGUAAAACGUUCGAAACGAAGCCGACAUAUUUACCGUUGGAACGAGUACGAGAUGCAGCAGUUUAUGAAGCGACUGGGGUUGAUCUAGCCGGACCGUUGAAUCUUCGUGGUACCGGAAAAGCUUGGAUUGUAAUUUACACAUGCGCGGUAUAUCGGGCUGUGCAUUUGGAGCUUGUUUCGUCAAUGUCCACGGAUUCAUUUAUUCAAUCGUUUCGUCGUUUCAUUGCAAGAAGAGGCCGUCCCAGUAGUAUGUGGUGUGAUAGAGGAACAAACCUUGUUGGCGCCAAGAACCAGUUAAUGAAAUUGGACUGGGAUAAAAUCAGCAAAGCCGCUGCCGAACUCAAAAUCGAAUGGAGCUUAAAUCCUCCUAAAGCUCCAUGGUGGGGAGGAUGGUGGGAGAGACUGAUUGGCGUGGUUAAAAGCAUACUCAAACGAUGUCUCGGAAAUGCUUACUUACAUUAUGAGGAAAUGUUAACCAUUUUAUGCGACAUUGAAAGCAUCGUUAAUGAAAGACCUCUCACUUAUCUAUCCGAAGAUUCGAACGAGUUACGACAUCUGUCACCAUCAUCAUUUCUGAAGGACAUUCGACAAAGCGGUGUACCCGAUUUGGAUGGAGUCGAUUCACAGUACAUUAAUCGGAAAAACAACGUUCGUCAGAAGUUAAUGAACGAUCUACGGAAGCGAUUUCGACUGGAAUAUCUUGGUCAGUUACUGCAACAAAACUCAACAAAUGAUUGCCAUCCGAUACAAGAAGGAGAAAUCGUGUUAGUUGCUGAUCAUGACAAAAAGAACGUCAACUGGCCACUGGGUAAAAUUGUCGCUCUUCACCCAGGUAAAGACAGUGAAGUGAGGGUUGUAACUGUGAAAACUAAAACAGGAACAUUAGUGCGACCAGUAAAGGGAUUGGUUCCGUUAGAAAUUCGUUCAAGUGAAUUCAGUGGAUCAUUGGUAACUGGCGAGAAACGAAACUUUUUGGCAAACAACUUAUCAACACCAAAUUCUCAGUCAACCGAUUCAAUUUCACGAUUGCAAUCCGACUCGGCAUCGGAAGCGACAAUUCGUACCACUCGAAGUGGGCGCCAAGUGAAGUUACCAUCACGGUACGGACAGUAA